AUGGCAAAAGGUUGUGACGUAAAGCAAGAGAAGAUCACGUUUGGCGAGUACGGAACAGAACCUGGAAAAUUCCUAAUUAUCUCCGGAGUUGCCGUGUCUGCUGACAAUGAGAUAUUUGUGACUGAUGAUAUAAACAAACGAGUCCAGGUCUUCAGCAUAGAUGGGACCUUACUCCGCUUCUUUCCAACGGUACUGCCGGGUGAAAGUAAGACAAUGUACGCUCGUGGUGUUGCUUUGGAUGUGGCGCCUGGCUACCUGUGGGUACUGGGGAGCAGAAAUAGAUGGUUCUUUACCUUCAAUAAAGAUUAUGUCGUACAGUACAGUAAGAACGGACAGCCCAUAAAAAAGUUUGACGUAAGCCUCAAGAGCAUCUAUCCCGUCAUCGCGAUGGACGUGCGCAACAAUAAAAUUAUCGUGGGAGACAGAAAUACAAUUAUGGUGUUUGAUCCAAACGGCUCUCGCCUUUGGAGUUCAAGAGUGCCUACGGAAUACCAGAUCUCGGGAGUCACAUCGGACAAGGAGGGAAAUGUCCUGCUGUCGGAUGGGUCUAAAACCAUCCAGAAGUACAAUCCCUUCGGAGUAAAGAUACUUGAAUUUGGCACCUGUGGAAAGGGGGAGGGGCAACUGAACUCUCCCGUGGGUAUUUGCCUGGACACCUCUGGUCGCAUCAUCGUGGCGAAUUCUAAAUACAAACGGGUAGACAUGUUCACAAGCCAGGGCAAGUUUGUCCGCACCAUCGCGGACAUUGAACGCCCGCGGGCUGUCGCUAUGGGACCACGUGGAGAGUUGGUGGUGACUAGCCCAUAUAAGGUUACUAUCUUCCCACGGCACAUGGUGUUUCCUUGA